AUGGCGACUGUCAAUCGGAAUAUGUUCGACGCCAGCAUCGUGACCGAUCGACCUGGCGGGGCCUCGCUGAUGGUGCUACCGCUGAACUUGAUCGCCCAGAUCGUGUCCAAUGUCGAGGAUACCGGUGACACCGCACGACUAUGCCGAACAUGUCGCGUGCUCAACUAUAUGGCCCUUCCCCAGCUCUACCGCAGCUUGACCCUCACCUCCUACGAUAAAAUCCGUUAUCGCGGUGAGCAACCCGAAGGGAGCGGGAGCGCGAGCCCUUUUACAAUGGGCCUCAACGCGGUAAUUACGAGACCGUACGCGACACUAGUGCGAUCAAUUACGUUGCGCGGCGAUUGGAAGGAAAACGACAUCGAAGAACAUGCGCAGGUCGGACGGGUGCCGGAUUCCUCGAUGCUGUUGAACAUUGCGGUGCGGGCGGCCGUCGAUCGCAUGACAAACCUCGAGAGCUUCAGCUGGGAGCUCAACACCAAAAUGCUCGAAACUGUCUAUAUAGGGCUCACAAAGCUGCCCAAACUAACCUCAUUAACGAUUCGAUUCCCCUCCACCCGCCAUCCUCAGCCGACAUUCGUCCUUCCGGGCAUGCCAAACUUGCGCUGCUUGAAGAUCACCGACAUCGAUCCCCUAUGCUACCCUGACGACAUCUCAACAAUCCUACUGAAGAGCAGGAGGCUGCGCGAGCUGAAGCUCCACUGGUCGCCUCGCAUGCGCCUCGCGCAAGAACCUAGUGUUUCUCUACAUGACUAUUUCCGGAAAUGCACCGCCGCGAAACAGCCCCUCUCUGUCAAGAAGCUCUCCUUCCAAAAUUUAUACGCCUUCCACAGCGAAGAAUUCAAUAUCUCGUUUGAUCCGACAACCGUUGAAGAUGUGACAUUUUUGAAUGGGUCGGAUACUGUUGGCCUGAUGAAUACCUUUGUCGAAAACAGCUGGCCCACCAUGAUGCCAGACCGAAAACUCAAGAUCAGAUCCAUGCGGAUGGAUACUGUUUCGAAGCGAAACUCAGAAUUUAUUGGAAAUUUCAAGGGACUUGAACGAUUGUAUAUCGUCAAUGUGUUCGACAAUUCCCCCGACUACCUCAAUUCUCCACGUCCAGGCAUGGGCCCUUCCUCCUCCGCGCUGACACCACCAGUAGUCGAUUCCCCAGCUGUCAAUGGUACUACGGCGAAUUCACCAGCUACCGCGGCCUCUCCAGCAAGCCAAUUGAAUAUUGCGCUGGGUGUACGAGACAGCUAUCUUGCAAAUAUUACCAUGAAUCACGGUGCAACGUUGCGCCAUCUACUCCUCUGCUCCAAGUGGCCCCUCUCCACAUCCAUGAUUGCCCGCCUUGUCCAUAGUUGCCCUAACCUGGAGCAACUAGCGCUUGCAACCGAUUUUGCCAGUAUGGAUUCGCUUGGAAUGCUCGUCCCAUUCCUCCGCAAGCUGGUCGCACUGCGACUUCUCAUCCCUGCCGGCUCUCCAGGACCGCAGAGCGGUGCGAACACCAAUGCCCCGUCAUCAGCCACUAGUACUCAACCCGGAGAUGCAUAUCUCAAAUCCUCGGUCCCGAACAGCGUGGCCAAUCCACAUUUGCUCGCUAAAACGACCAUGUACCAAUUCCCGAAGGACAUCGAAAAUAUCAUCCUGAAUGCACGCAGCCUCGCGGACAUUGUGGAUCUGGACGAUGAAUUGCUCAUUCAAAUGAUGAGCUAUGACCUGGCAGACCAACAAAUCUUUGGUAAUCUGAAGGUCGUGGGGAUGGGUUGGAAAGCCUUUGAGCUCCGCGAUCUUUAUAAGGCUCCCAUCCCGACACGCACAAUCUCCGAGAACCAAUCUCCUACCUCGGCCGUCGAGACUGGCGCCCCAGAUGAGCAAAUCAGACCUUCAAAUGGAGCGAAUGGCCAUGCAAGCACUGAGUUUGGUUCUAUAUACCGGCCUGGUCCUACUCCGUCCAAAUCACCCGCUGCACCUUCGACCACUCCCGCAGCCAACAUGCCCCCAUCUACAUUGGGAAAACGCCCACGAGAUGAUGAUUACGAUAAUACUUACCAACCAGCCUCAGUUGCCAGCGAGACGGCACAGUCCCCUGAUCACCCUUUCCGUGAUUCAACUCUGGCGAACUGUGGCCACUUCCCGCCCGUUCUCACGAAUGACGGAUACGUGUAUAGACGGCAUAUGCGACGAGUGGGAUGGGAGGUUCUGCGGAACUGGGAAAUCUGGGCAUUGGAUACACAAGAUAUUUGA